CAAACGUUGAACGUAUCUCUUGGGCCUUAUAAAAGAAUGAUUGAAUAAUUUCCACAUCUAGUUUAGACUUAAAAUUAUUUUAGCUGUUAUGUCUAUUAAAAUAAGGUUUAUUGUUACUUUACUAUUCAUUUUGGAAACAAAUGCUGCACUAUAUACUUUGAUUCCCGAUGAUGAGAUGCUUCUUAAAGCUUGCGAAGGUGAAGAAGAUCAUUUUCUUACAUCAAUCUUUGACCUCAGCGCCAUGGAUUUUAAAUUAAUUUCAGAUGAUGAGGUCAUAGUGAAUGGAUAUAUAACAUCUAUUGUACCAUUGGAUAAAAAUGACACUCUCUGGGCUGUUGCGGAAGUGAUUAAAGAAGUUCGAGGACAGUAUAUUUUACCAGCUGUCGAAAUUAGGCGUUUGGAUUUGUGUAAAGAUAUUUUUAAUCCAGUUGAAAUUUGGUAUCCGCUUACCUCAAAAUUAGACAAAAAGUACCAUGUAUGUCCAUUUGUUAAAGGGGCGGUGUAUGGAGUUUCAAAUUGGUCAGCUAAAAUAAAUAAUAUAAAUCUUCCCGAUUCAAAGCUUUCUGGAGGUUAUCGUUGUAUUUUGCGAGCCGGAGCGCAUGGAAAACCAGAAUUAAAUAUUUGCCUAGUAUUUGAUUUUCAUUUGUUUUUGAAUAAGUUCUAAAAUAAAAAUGCUACAGUUUUGUAAAUAAAACAUAA